UCCAAAGGGUGAGAAGUCACCUGAUCUGUCUCCAUCUCUCUCGCUCAUAUUGGUGCUGCUUUGCACAUAUAUUUCUUUCCAUAAAAAAACAAGACGCAAGACCCGGCAUUAGCUACGACGCAACAUCAAUGAUAUCUCAACCACAACACAUUACUUAUAUUUUCGACCAGCACCUUACUGAUUAAUUGAUCGGUCUCAUUUCUCUCAAUCAAUUGAGAUAUGGCUUCAGCGAUUCUCUCAUGGUUGAGUUUCCUAUUAAUAACACUGGGAGUACUGGGUGCACUGUUUGUUAACCCUUCAUGUUCCACUUCAAGAAGAGCUCUAGAUCUCCACGACCAUGGCUUACAGGUGCAAAGUGGGUUCAAGGUGACUCUCAAACACGUGGAUUCUGGAAAGAACCUAACCAGACUCGAACGUCUUCAACGCCGAAUCAAGCGAGGACGAAAGAGGCUGCAAAGGCUGAAUGCAAUGAAGCUCAAGAGCUCUACAUCACCAGAUAGUCAUACCCAAGUUGAAACUCCGGUUCAUGCAGGCCUGGGAGAGUUUUUGAUGACGUUAUCAGUUGGUACUCCGGCAAAGAGCUUUUCAGCAAUUGUGGACACGGGGAGCGAUCUUAUAUGGACUCAGUGCGAGCCAUGCAAGCAAUGUUAUAAGCAGCCAACCCCGAUUUUCAACCCGAAAGAGUCUUCUACUUUCUCAAAGGUGUCAUGUACAAGCGAGCUAUGUGAUGCACUGCCCUCCUCGAAAUGCACUAACAAAAGCUGUGAGUAUUACUACACUUACGGCGAUUCUUCAUCAACGGAUGGGAUUCUCGCAACCGAAACGUUCUCUUUCGGAGACGAAGACUCCAGCGACGUUUCCAUUCCCAAAAUUAGUUUUGGAUGUGGGGGAGAUAACGAGGGUGGCGGGUUCAACCAAGGCGCGGGGCUCGUGGGGUUGGGCCGCGGAACCUUGUCCUUGGUUUCGCAGCUCAAGGAACCCAAGUUCUCCUAUUGCCUUCCUUCCGUAGACGACACGCAAAGUACGAGCACACUUUAUGGGUCAUUAGCAAGCUUGAACAGCAGUACAUCAUCAUCUGAUGUUGCAAACAUCAAAACCACCCCUUUGAUCAAAAACCCAUCACAGCCUACCUUUUACUAUCUUUCCCUUGAAGGAAUCACCGUAGGGGGCACUCGCUUGCCUAUCGCAAAAGACACAUUCACCCUAGGAGAUGAUGGUGGCGGUGGCCUAAUCAUAGACUCUGGGACAACCCUUACUUAUCUUGCAGAGGAUGCUUACGAUGCUGUUGUGAAAGAAUUCACUUCCCAGAUGGAACUUCGGGAGAAAGAUGCGAUCGACACGGUAGGGCUAGACCUGUGUUUCGAAUUGCCAGAGGAUGCUACCAAAGUAGAGGUGCCCAAGCUGGUAUUUCAUUUCAAGGAUGCAGAUUUGGAACUGCCUAGUGAGAAUUAUAUGAUUGCGGAUUCGGACGUUGGAGUCAUUUGCUUGGCUGCUGGGAGCGCCGGGGAUAUGUCUGUGUUUGGGAAUUAUCAGCAGCAGAAUAUGUUGGUUCUGCAUGAUCUAGUCAAGGAAACAAUCUCGUUUGUUCCUACAAAAUGCGACCAGUUGUGAUGAAGUUGUUGGUGUGUGUAUACAUGUUGUUUUGCUAUAUUGUCAUGAAUUUCGAUCAUUUUAUUCCUCUCUUUAUUUUGGUAGGGGAGAAAAGCAAGGUUGAUCUAUACAUCUAGGAUAAACAUGUACGGAAUCCAUAUAUGGUUAAGGACUUGAACUCUUAAUUACAUAAAUUUGUAAAUCAACCACGUAUGUAUACAAUUUGUUUUGGUUCGACCUGAACCUCUAUAUAUAUUUAUUUUUACUCUCUUUCUC